CUUCUCCGACUCCAAGCAACAUCGAAAUCCUCUCUCUCUCUCUCUCUCUCUCUCUCUCUCUCGCUUUUCUUCUCCUCGGCUGCGAAGCGGAAAGGAUGCGUCGCUCAUCAACGAAGAAAACGGGUCAACCCGCGUCAGCCGCGUCCCUGAAUUCCUCCGCCGCCGAUCUCUUCCGCUCCGCUUCGAGUAAGGCGAGUUCGAAAGAGCUGGAGCGGAUCGAUCAGCUGUUCUCCGCGUACGCGGAUGGCUCCUCUGGUUUGAUCGACCCAGAAGGAAUCGAGGCUCUUUGUUCGGACAUGGAAGUGGAUCACACUGAUGUGAGAAUAUUGAUGCUCGCUUGGAAAAUGCGAGCUGAAAGACAGGGUUACUUCACCUUGGAUGAGUGGCGUAGAGGGCUCAAAUCAUUGAGGGCUGAUACUGUCAGUAAGUUGAAAAAGUCUCUUCCGGAUUUAGAGAAAGAGGUGAGAAGGCCAUCAAACUUUGUGGAUUUCCAUUCCUAUGCAUUCCGCUAUUGCCUGACAGAGGAGAAACAGAAGAGUAUUGACAUAGAGAGCAUAUGUGAAUUACUUGAUCUAGUCCUCGGAUCCCUGUAUCGUGCCCAAGUAGAUUACUUCGUCGAGUAUUUAAAGACUCAGACCGACUACAAGGUCAUAAACAUGGAUCAGUGGAUGGGUUUUCUUCGCUUUUGCAAUGAGAUAAGCUUCCCUGAUUUUGGCAAUUAUAAUCCUGAACUUGCUUGGCCAUUGAUUUUAGACAAUUUCGUUGAAUGGAUGAGAGAAAAGCAGGGCUGAAGCAACAUGUUGUCUAUUACCUGCUGUAAACGACAUUCAUUACUGAAUUAGGAUUGCUGUGAAAAUGGACAUUGAAUUGCUUUUGUAGUCGGUCUUUUCCUUUGAUCUUUGGGUCUACCUUUUACCUGUAAACUAUAUGGCAACCUCAUUCUUCAGAAUUCUGCUUUGUAGAAUGUGACAGUAUCUUCUUUUUUAUUUGUCAUCAAUUGAGUGAAUUGCUAUUACCAGCCAAUUGAGUGCAUUCACUGGACUGGAACUGAGGAUAUAAUGGUUGCCCAAUCUAGUGUGAUGAUGAAUAAUUACUCUGAAA